AAUAUCCUCUAUUAGCUAGUAGUCAGUUGGGGACGGCAGCUGGUCUGGCAGAGGAAAAGGCACCUAAAGAAGUUCCAAGUGUAUUAUGCUACUUCGUGUAGCUCUCUUGGUACUUUGUGUUUUCCUACUUGUCUUGUGCAUACGAUUCUGUGAAUGGCUUACCUGGCUUGAAGCGGAACGUCUUCCUUUACAGCUUGUCGAUCCCCUUGCUCUCAGUAUCAAAGAACUUCAGCGGUUGUUAGAAGCGCGGGGGAUACCGCAUGAUGACCUAAUAGAGAAAACCGAGCUGGUUGAAGCGGUGGAGAAUAGUGGAGGGCUAAGUACAGAGGAGAGUGAGGUGUUGAUGCAGACCGCUUCCUUUGAAGACUCCCUUAACUUUCACUUCCGAGCGACACUUCUUGGAGGAGGUCAGCAAGAUGUCAAGUUUGUUAAAAUAACCUACUACUAUUAUCAGGUGGAAGACUCUAAGUCCACAGUAUGGGCUGUCCGUGUGGUGCCCCAUGGACACAAACCCUUCCCAAACUACCCGCUGUGGAACGUCGUAGCAAACAGACUGAGCCGAAUUGGUAUCCAAACUGGGACAUUUUACUGCCCCCGGCACAAUUCGUGGUGUCUGCGACAAGGCUGGAAGAUAGUUCCCGCCAUGAUACUGGCCAUGCCUGCUAAAGAUGAAAGAGGCCCUAAGAUUGAAGUUUAUCAGGGCCCAUCUACAGAGAAGAGCAUGAUCGGUUGGUUCUACUCUAAGUUGGAGGAGUCAGUUACAAAGAUUAAAAACAAGCCCUCCUACGACAGAUGGGAGUCGGAUAAGGACCCCGUGAAAGUUCUACACCACAGUGAUAAUGGGUGCCGGAUCAGAAGCCUCAUUCCCGCCUUUUUCUCCGCUCUCGCUGUUCAGUUUAUUGGAAAAGUCUCAUUCGCAGUUAUGGACAACUCUAAGUCCUGCAAAGACCGCCACUUACGGACCCCCAGCGACAAAUCCAAAUCAGUCAUCAUGAUUAAAACACCCGAGUUCACACAUAUCUACGGGUCCAGAAAAGGCGAACAAUUUCAGCACAAAGCGUUAAAACUCUUCCUCACAACUCUGACUCCGACCAGCAACGACCUCUUUAUACUCGCCCUCAUGUUUAUCAAUUACAGCUGCAUUUUUGAAAUAUUUCUCUCCAAUGGUAAUCUGGCUCGUCGUGUCUUCAGGACGCUGUGGUUUAUGGCUAAAGGGAACUUCUUGUUAUGCUCCGUGUGGCUUCCUCUUGUCAGUGUUUUCCAGAUCUCACAACUAAAACCAUUGUUGACUAGUUUUAUGUCGUAUUACAGACGACUGAUGAACACUGAAACAGCUGCUGUUUUGCGGCACGACGUCCUCCUACUUGCCAGAUACCCUCUCUUGGUCUUCACCACUGUUGUGAUCGGUAUUUUAGUGCUCACUUAUCUGGACCGUAAAUACAAACUUGGACUUAUUACACAUCAUCAGGACCUGCAGCUGCCUUUCUUGGACUUCAUGCCAACUGUGGAGCACCUUGUCCACUUUGACCCCAUCACGUGGCCGUUGUACACAACGCGCGUCAGUGAGGUGCCGGACGAGAAGUGGCUUCACAAGUGUGUUUCUGAGCUGAUGUCCGGACUGCCAACCUGGGACUACGGAUCAUGUUGGGGCACGUGCGUGUCUCCCAGCGAGUGCUGCGGCUGCUUCCCAACAGGCGCGCAGCACUCGGCAGAGUGCGCAAUAUGUCUGGACGUGUUCAGAGGUGGAGUAACAGUGAAUAGUUUACCAUGCUCACAUACCUUCCAUCACAGCUGCACGGAGGCCUGGAUGACGAGUGAAUGUGAGAACAGGUGGAGAUGUCCAAUGUGCAGAGAACCCAUCUUUUGAUUAGCUUAAUUUUUGGGGCGAACGUUAAAUGUGGUAUUUUUGCAUACAGUCAAAUCUUUAUUUCCCAUGUCUUUCGGAGGAGGUAAAAAUGCCAUGUAAAUUGAGAUGUACGGUAAUUAACGGUAAUGAGAGGUUGGAUAUAAAAUGAUUUUAACAUGAUCAAGUACUGUUGGUAAAGAAAAUAGGUCCGAUAAAUGGAGACAAGGUAAAUAGCGAUUGGAAGGUAAAUAGAGUUUUGACUGUAUUUUGCUUAAUUAUCCUAAUUGUGCAUAUAAUUAUCUUAAUUAUGUAACAUUAUGCUGCAUUUAAUGUCGCCUCUGUCAGUAGCCUUAAUUAUUGUUUCGUUGAUCUAUUAUAACAGCUCCUAUGUUUAGUUAAUUUUUGUUGGGCAUGAAGAUUUAACAAGUGUUUCGAUUGUGGUAUUACUUCUGAGAUGUUUCUAUAUUUAGGAUGUUAGCACUUAACACUUAACAGAUAUAAUGGAGUAUUCUUGAGCAGUUUCCAAGUUUGGAUUAUUGUGGGUGUUCUUAAGAAAAUAUAUGGGUUCUUUGAGUUUGGCCAGCUGUAAUGUCAAGUGAGUUGGAAAUCAGCAAACUUGUUUCCUUUCCCAGAAUCACAUGUGAUUUUAGGUGUGAAGCCUUAGAGAGUUUCGUUGAGAAAUGUGUUUUUUAUUUUUAUAUUUGUUAGUGAGUGUUACUUUAUAAGUAAACAGUGCACUUCAUCCCAAAUGAUCAACUCCUGUAAAUAGUUUCUCAUUUAAUAUUGUUACAAA